CUUGGGCGUUCUCUGUCUGCGGAUUACGCCUCGCCAUCUGGUUUCGGACUUCCUCCGUCUUUCAAGUUUGGAGACGGGUUUGAGAAUUUAUUUUUUGUAUUUCUGGAAUUGUCAAGUGAAAAUUUUCCUCCUCCUUGACGAUGCACGUAUCUGUGCAGGUCAUCAUAAUAUAUAUCGGUUCUCUGAGCACAGGCUUUACAACCUUGAGGUUAUAAAUUGAUUUCUGAUCCUAUGAAAUAUAAAAGGGAAGUAAACAUCAACCAUCUUAUCCAGAAACUCAAGCAUGGCUAUGAGAUGCUAUCUGCCAUCAAUGGAAGCUCUCCAUCCCGAUAUCAUAUUGUGGCUGGUAUGCUUGGGGUGGGAAUGGGGGUGACCGGUUUAUACAUGGUCCUGCGAGAUGGUAAUGUGAAUCAUCUUUCUAUUCCAUGGGUAUCUAAGCAAAGGGAUUCAUCUGAGAUCACUUACUAUGUGGCUGGUUUACAGAAUCUUGGAAACAAUUGCUUCCUUAAUGUUAUAUUACAGGCACUCGCAAGCUGUAGCUGUUUCCUUCCCUUUCUCCAAAAUAUACUGGCUGCUGAUGUUCCAUGGAUUGAGGAAUUAUCUGAAAUGAUGCCUCUUACUGUUGCUUUGACUUCAUUAUUAGAAGUGCUAGGCAUUGUUCGAGAAGAAAGAACUGUACUUAAUCCACGAAAAGUAAUGCUUGCAUUGAGCUUAUAUGUUAGCAGCUUCAGUUUAACAAGACAGCAGGAUGCUGCAGAGGCAUUAAUUCAUCUUUUGUCUUCUUUAGAAGAGGAAAUUUCACAGUCUUAUGUGCCACACAGCAGUAGUUUAGCCAACAUUACUGCUUUUCCUUCAAGGAUUUGUGUGCCGUCGAGAGGACAGACAGAGUGUAACCGAUGGAAAAAACAUUUUUUUGGGCCUUUUGAUGGAACAAUUGGGAGCAUAUUGACUUGUAGAAGUUGUUCUUCUAUGCUUUCAAUGGACUUUGAGCAUUUUUGCUGCUUGCCUCUCUCACCUGUGCUGGAUAGAAGGGCAGAUAUCAUUGAGGGAUGCACUCUGGUAGAUUGCCUUAAACAUUUUACUGCAGUAGAGCAUCUAGAGAAUUACCAUUGCAGUCGCUGUUGGCACAUAUCAGCUUUGAAAUAUGUGUCUCUCAAAGCAGAAAAGAAUGAGGCAAAAAUAAAUAUGCUUAGCCAGUGUGUCAAGCUUGAUUCUUGUGAUUGCAAAAAUCUUUUUCUUGGGGAAGAAUUAAGUUGGACUGGGUUUUCACAUGCUUUAAAGCAAUUGAGCAUUGCCUGCUGUCCUAAGAUUUUGUGCAUUCACCUACAACGGGCUUCAAUGAAUAGACAUGGUGAAUUAAUUAAGCUUCAGGGACAUAUUUCUUUUCCAUUAUUUCUUGACCUCUUUCCAUUCAUGGAAGCUACAAGAACUGUGGGACAACAAACAUUAGUGGAAAAUAUGCAAAAACAGGGGAAGGGCCUGGAGCAAGCAUUGGUCCCUCAACUAAGCCACUUAAAUACACAUCAGGAAAUGCAAAUGCUACCCCACAUUUUCGGGAUUGCGGGAGAGAAUCUUCCAUUGGAAACCUUGUCAAGAAACAAGGUGGGAAAGUCUGUUUAUGAAUCAUUCAGAAAUCCUUUUGGAAUUGCUACCCAGGACAGCAGCAACUAUACAGUUCUUGAAAGCAUGACUGCUGCUUCUGAUGUCAAUUGUUCUCUAUCUUUUUCCAGAUGUGAACCAGGACCCGAUAGAAAGGUCACUGAUACUGGUGACGUAUCCUCUUCAAAGAGUUCCCCAUACUGCCUCUCUUCUGUUGUUGAGCAUUAUGGAAUAACUGGAAGUGGGCAUUAUGCAAUUUAUAGAAGAGUGGCAUCCAAGGCAGAAAGUGGUAAUUCUAUGGGAUCAAUGGGAACUGGGGACCAGCAGUGGCUUUAUAUCUCAGACCAUGAAGUAUCGAGUGUCACAGAAGAAGCUGUUUUAGCUGCAGAAGCCAGCCUACUUUUCUAUGAGAGAAUUGAAUCAUGCUUAUAGGUAUUUCUGUUUUGGAUACUUCAGCAGCAUUACCAUUGGUGAAAACAGAAUGUGCUCAACUAUCAUUAAGGCCAUAACUACCGGGUAUGAACUUCGAAGAAACCAAAGAAGAAACGACAAAGCGGUUACCCUUGUUCCAAAGUAAUAGGAUCACCUUGAAGAUUUAAAGAAUUGGAAUUAUCUAGGUUGAUUUGAUAACAAUUUAAUUUGCAAGCCAAUGACCCAGUACCCAAGGUGACAAGUGAUGCUCCUUUGUUUGGUUGAUCCUGAUACCCCCCAGACUUUAUUGGUUAUUUAUAAAAAAACAUUCUUCAUUAGUAACUAUAAAAUUGGUAUGGACAUUGAUUGAUUAUUCUUUUAAUUUUGAUAUAUUGAAUAUUCAGCAAGUGCUGGAGA